ACGGCGCACUCACGCUAGGUUGAGCCGUCUGACUAAGAGCUCCAUAGAACAUUUUUUGACAGCUUCACAGGUGAGACAAACCGUCCAGGAGCUGCUUCACUUUUUACCUUUCAGUUUUUCUCCCCGGAGCAUCUUUCUCUGUGAGCCUGGGGUUGCCACAGUCAAAAAACAACCACUCGAAGUCAAACCAUUCCGGCAGCAUGAGCAAAAAGAAAAAGGACUGGAAGACUGAGAAAGAGAGACUGCUCCGUCUGGAUCGGGAGGAGAGACGCAAGGACUAUCGACGUCCAGAAUUCAUACCUCUGGACAAGAUUCCAACCUGGAGAGAGGAAAAUAAACCCGAUGACAAAGAGGAAGAGGAAGGGACGGAGCUGACGGGCGGAGGAGGAGGAGGAGGGCUGACCGACAAAGUUUCUCUCUACAAAGGAGACAUCACCGUGCUGGAGGUGGACGCCAUCGUCAACGCUGCAAACUCCAGUCUUCUGGGAGGAGGCGGAGUCGACGGCUGCAUCCACAAAGCGGCGGGGUCCUGUCUCUAUGAUGAGUGCCACUCUCUAAAUGGCUGUGAAACCGGCAAAGCCAAGAUCACCUGCGGCUACGAUCUCCCUGCAAGAUAUGUGAUCCACACAGUGGGCCCGGUGGCCAGAGGUCAUGUGGGCCAGUCUGAGACCAGCGACCUCACCUCCUGCUACCAGAACUCCCUCAGGCUGAUGAAGGAGCAUGGCUUGAGCACCGUGGCCUUCCCGUGUAUAUCCACCGGCAUCUACGGCUUUCCCAACGAGCCUGCAGCUGAAAUCGCUCUGAGCACAGUGAAGAGCUGGAUAGAGGAGAAUCCUGAUAAGAUCACUCGGGUCAUUUUCUGUGUCUUCCUUGAGACUGACUUUGCCAUCUACAAGAAGAAAAUUCCUGAAAUCUUUCAAGACAAUGACAUGGAGGUUACAGAGGAGCAGCUGCAGGGAGAUAACAAUCCACCGUCUGCAAAAUCCAAGGAGGACAGCGAGGAGAGCGGCAGAGGUAAAGAGGAGGCAGGUGAUGAGGAAGAGGAUGACAACGAUGCUGUGGGAAAUGAAGACGUGGAGAUGGAGAGUCAAAACCCAGAUGAUAUCACAGAAACCCCGGAUCCCACUCAAGCAAAGGAUAAUGAUGACACCGAGAACCAGGACAAAGAGGAAGACGCAGGGACCGACAGCGAUAACAAAAAAGACGAGAAAGACAAAAAAGACGAGGAAAAAGACACCGACGACCCGAAAGAGAAAGAUGAAGAAGAAGACAAAGCAGAGGACGAGCCGCCUGCUGAGAAGACAGACGACGACGACAACACAGUGAAGUCCACCGUGGAGAUGGAAGACGUCUCCGAGGUCAACGACACCGGCACCAGCAAUGGAGAAGAGAUCAAAGAGCGCGUGGAGAGCCCAGAAGAACCGGAUUCAAUUCUAACCGACAGCAAUCAGUCCAAAGACACUGUUGAGAAGAAAGAAUGACCAGCUGAGGGACGAACGAUCAACCUCAUCUGACAGCCAGCAAACUGUGCGAAGCCAACCACACCAGUGUCAGCCCGGCCAAUGUCAGAACGGGCUCUGACACCGGACCCAGGACAACCCAGAUACUCACACCAUGCUCACAUCCCCCCUCCUUCAUUUAGCCCUCGUCCCUCUUUGUUAAGAAAACUACUCAGCCCCUCUACUCUGUAUGUACUGUAUGUAUAUGUAUGUAUGUACAAAACCUUACUAUAGGAUUGAACAUAUCAAGCAGAAAAGAAGAGCCAUACCUCACUGUGUGUUAAGAGUCAUACUUCAUUUUGCAGGAUGGGUGCGGUGUCUCUUUGUUUCAUAUUUGAACCCACUGUGGGAGUCACACGGCCACAGAUUAACACGCUGUGGGUGAUGCUUUACAUGCGAGUGCGACACGCUGACAGCUGCCCUGUCACCUCACACACAUCCGCAGCUCCAGUGUUUAGCUACAUCAGCCGAUAUUUGGAUCCGGGCCGCAGACUGCGAGGUGCAGGACUGUCUAACUCCUUCUAACUCAUUUAAACAUUCAUCAGCACCCACCCACGCUAAAGAGGAUGUGAGCGUCUUUUUCACAAAUCAAACCCCCCCUCCCCCACCCACCCCCACCUUCCCGUUUUUUCGUUGCAGUUUCCAGUGCAUGCUAGAAAAAUUUGCUUUAAAGUUCACCAACCCAAACAGGAAUUAAAGUCCUCUUUCGCUUUCGCUUCUCUCCUUAUCAGAUUGUCUCUAAUUGUAUGGAAGGAAUCUGCCUUAUUUCAUAUCGAACUAAAUAAGUCUAAGCCACACGCCCGAGGAGGAGGUGGUGGAAGUGUGAAACCCUUUGGUUUGUGUAAUGCUUGCAGAUGAUUUGUAAUUUUAAGACCUUCAUGUUACGACUAACACCCGUUGUUAAUGAUUUUUCUCCUCUGUUGAUUUUAAAACACAAAAAAAAAACGUAUUUCUUUGAAAUGUCGGUAUGAUUAGUGGGUUCUUUUCAGAGGUGCCAUAGUCAAGAUCAGAUGAAUUAAAAGUUCUAUGAAAUGAUGCCUUCAUACUUUGAUGUUUUGCUUUGCUAAACUAUAACAGAAACAACUAAUAAAGUUUAAGGUGGAAGCCAA